AUGGAGGUGGCAAUGGGGUUGCCAGUGGAGCAAGGCUUACAAGAGGGAGGUGUAGAUGAACCAGAACUUCCAACAACCCAAUCCCCGCCAGAGCCAGUGCCGGAGCCAGAAGCCAGUCUCCCUCCACCAACAGUGGAAGAUCUUCCAGUGGUAGAGCCAACAGUGGGAGUGCCAACAGUGGAAGAGCCUCCCCUGCCCAACCUGAAGACAUGCAGGAACUGCGGCGAAAAGAAGCCCCGCACAGACUUCCACAAGAACCACUCCAAGGCAGACGAGCUGGAGGAUGUCUGCAGGCCCUGCAAGGCCCAGCGAGAUGCCAGUCGCAGGGCCAUGCGCGCCUCGAUGGUGCCCAAUGUCAGCCAGAAGACCUGCAAAAAGUGCCAGGUGGAGAAGCCGGCCGAGGACUUUCCUCGUAACAAGCUCACGAGUGACGGCCUGCACAGCUACUGCAAGAAGUGCAAGCUGGCGCUGGACACAAUCAGCCGCGAGAAGCGCAAGCGCCAGGACGGCAACGGAUACACUCCACGGGGCCAGAUUCUCCCCGAGGCAGGGCCGCAGGAGGGGGCCCGCGGCAGGGGCGCUCCGGAGGAGAUGCCGAUGCCGCAGUUGCUGCUGUGCGACAGCUGCAAGCAGUAUCACCCCAUCGAGAGCAUGAGCGAAGACCCCGCCAUGCCCGGCGUCCUGCGCUGCAUCCCCUGCCGCACCGCGCUUGCCGCCUACAGCCAACAGCAGCUGGACGAGCAGCAGCAGGCCAUCCACGAGGGUGCACCAGUCAUGGACGGAGCCGAUCCCCAGCAGUACGCAGCUGCGCUGGCGGCAUCCUCUCGGCUGCCUCCCUCGGAGCACCCGGGCUUGCCUGAUUCAUACCAACUGCCGGUUCCAGAUGCAGGCGGUUACGGCGAUGCGCAGAUGCAGCAGGCAGCGCCCCGCAAUGCGUCUGCCGCAAUGGGCACAGCUGUAUCGGCAGCGCAAGGCGAGCCGGAUGCGUCGCUGACUGCCCUUCUCGUGGACCCCUCACUGAGUGAGCCUCUGCAGGUGGUGCCGCAGAAGGUGUGCCACGGGUGCGCGCUGGAGAAGCAGGCGCCGCACUUCAUGCCGGACCGCCGCAGCAAGGACGGCCUCAUGAACUACUGCCGUGAGUGCUGCCUCUCCGGCACCGCCGCCGCGGCUAACGUAAUUCCCCGCCGCCCCGGCCGGCCGCCGCGCGCCGCCGCCCUCCUCCCCCUCACACACAAGGGGUGCCGCAAGUGCAACGAGACAAAGCCGGCAGAGGACUUUCCGCAGAAGAGGUCACACCCGGACGGUCGCGACGACUACUGCAAGGCCUGCCACGCCCGCGCCACCGCCGCCCGCGUGGCUGCCCGCGGACCCGUCAAACAGCCCACCGUCGAGUCCAAGCAAUGCUCCAAGUGCCGCGAGGAGAAGCCGGCGGCGGAGUUCCACCGCGACUGCAACAAGCCGGACGGCCUCCGCGGCCGCUGCCGCGCGUGCGAGGCCGCCGCCGGCCAGGUGCGCCGCCAUUCGCGCCACAAGACCCUGGAGCCCACCGUCGAGUCCAAGGUCUGCCGCCGCUGCAACGUCGAGAAGUCCGCGGAGGAUUUCCCGCGCAAGAAGGAGCGCUCGGACGGGCUGGACAGCUACUGCAAGGUCUGCAACUGCGCAGCCACCGCCCUGCGCGUGCAGCGCAAGGGGCCCAUAGCUCCCAACGUUGUCAGCAAGGUGUGUGGGCGGUGCGGGGAGGACAAGGCGGCAUCGGAGUUCCCGGCGCGAGCUUCCAGCAGUGACGGCCUGCACAGCUACUGCAGGCCCUGCAAGGCCGCUUCAAAUCGCGGCGGCGGCUCACCCAUUCCCGAGCAGAUUCAUGAUGAGGACAUGGAUGCGGCGGCGAGUGCAGCGAUCCAGAGGGCCGAGGCGGUGGCCGCAGUGGAGGCCUCUCUGGGGACUUCCGGCCCCGGCAUGGCACCACAGGACGGCGUUCCCGGGCAGCCGAUGGCGGCGUGGGCAGGGGCGCUGGAUGCGGAGCAGGCAGCAAGCGCGGGGCUGCAGCAGGCGGCGUGGGCGCACAUGAUGGCCCCGCAGAUUGGCGUGCCCAUGGCAGUGCAGCCGGACCCGCAGCAGCAGCAGCACUUGAUGCACCUCCAGCAGCUGCAGCAGCAGGCGCUCCUGCAGCAGCACAUGCAGCCGCCGCCGCAGCAGCUGCAGCCGGUCAUGCUGCAGCCGCACCUGCCGCCUGAAGAGCCGCAGCUGCAGGACCAGGGGGACCCGGAGCUGCCGGCACAGCAGGAAGAGCAGGAGCCAGAGCAGCAGGAGCCGCUGCAAGAGGAUCAGGUGGAAGAGGCUCAGGCCACGGCCUGA